ACGCCCCUCUAGUUUUACACAACAAUUCUCUCCCAUCGCUUUCCUGCAGAGGAAGGAACAUGGCGGUGUCCCGGUUACCACCAGCGGCUCUGAGUCUCAAACAGUUUCUGCAGAGACAGAAGGUGCUGUGUUUGUACAGAGAUCUACAGCGCACCAUCCGUAGGGUCCCGCACGAGUCUGACCGCAUAUACCUGCGAGACUGGGCCCGAGACGAGUUCAGGAGGAACAAGAGCCACACAGACCAGGAUGCCAUCCGCAUGAUGAUCAGUCAAGCGCACAAUCAUCUGGAGGAGUUGAGGAGAUCUCUGGCUCUGGCCGGAUGCUGAAACACUGCUGAAAACCCAGACUACCAUCAGGAAACACAUCUGUAUUUAUUUAUUAUGCACACGUUUAUUAAUAAAAUCCAGCUUAACAAACUCACUUCA